ACAGCGGUCCAGUCUUCCUUAAAUAUAAAUAACGUCAAUCUGUAGAUAUCGACAUGGAUAAGAUAAAUAAUACACACCUGGGGUCAAAAAAUAUAAAAAUGUCGUCUUUACUAUAUGUAUUCUAUGAACUCCUUGCUUUAAGUUUUUGUGAACAUGUUGUCAGCCAACCGACGGCAAUAGUGGAAACACAAUGUGGAUUAGUGGAAGGUAAAUACAAUGGCGAAGGAUACGCUUUUCGUGGAAUUCCAUACUCUCUGCCACCCACAGGAAGUAGACGAUGGAAACCGCCAACUCCACUCAAUAAAGUCUCCGGAAACUGCUGGGAUGGUACUUUCAAGGCUUAUGACUAUGGAAACACAUGUAUGCAGAGAAACCCAGAGAACCCUAAGGCAAUUUUAGGAAGUGAGGAUUGUCUUUACCUCAACGUGUGGACCCCAACCACCGAUAGAACUGCUAAUCUGCACGUAAUGGUGUGGAUCCAUGGCGGAAGUUUACAAAUUUCUAACGCCAACUGGCCUACUUAUUGUCCUUCAGAGGAGCUGGCGCGUGACACAAACAUAGUUUAUGUUGGUAUGAACUACCGUCUAAACGCGUUUGGUUUCAUGACCCUUACAAUGCUGUCGGAGCAUUCGCCGACCAACACUUCCGGUAAUUACGGAAUCAUGGAUCAAAUCCUGGCCCUGAGAUGGGUUCGGAAUAAUAUCAGGAAUUUUGGCGGAAACCCUGAUUCAGUCACACUAUUUGGCCAGAGCUCUGGAGGAACAAGCAUUGUUGCAUUGCUGGCUUCAGAACAGGCAAGGGGGUUGUUCCACAAGGCUUGGAUGCUUAGUGCUUCGUCUGUUUUCAACAAAACAUCUCAGGAUGCUUCCAAAGACAACAUUGUCUUUCUGAAAAAUACCGGAUGUACAAAUAUCACGUGUCUUUAUCAACUUCCGGGUUCAGAGGUAAUCAAUUCUGUUCCAUGGGAUGUGUACCCGUUUUGGGGGAUGUCUGACCAAGGUGACCUCCCCGUUAAAGGUCAUUUUGAUGGCGCCAUAGCAGUUGUAGACGGAGACGCUGUGACGUAUCCACCUUACAAGGCAUGGCAACAAGGCAUCGCUAUAGACGUUCCACUACUUAUAGGUACUACUGAGAAUGAGAUCGAUUUUAAUCCGACCCAUUUGACCAUGAACACGUGGAACUGGACAGAGUAUGAGCGACAGGUCAAAAGUCAUUUAGGAUCAUUUGGAUCUAAUGUAGCUGAAGAUGCAUUGGAUUUAUACCCGAUUAAUGUGACGUCACCAGAAUAUGAGUACACAAGGAUGGGUGCAGAUAUUCGUGUGGGAUGUCCUAAUGAUGAAAUGUCCAGAGUUAUCAGUAUGGGUAUGAAAUCACCGGUCUACAGAUACGUUGUGACGUCACAACCUUCGGAACCUGUUCAUGCACUCGGAAUGCCUUUUCCUUCAUCGUAUGCCUUCCACAUGUGGGACCAAUUUGCAUAUUUUGAUACCAUUAAAGAUUACAUUAAGCCACCAGCUUCUUCCGAUAAGAGAUUUCAGGAGACGGUUAGGCGGGAAGUUUUGUCUUUCGUCCGAACAGGUGCGCCGUCUACCGAUAGCUGGCAGCCAUAUUUACGUGGCGUGACAGCACUUCUGUCUGAGGACAUAUCUAUCGUGCCUCAAUAUAAAAAGGGAACUUGUUUAUUUUGGUCCAUGAAUGGGUUGCUAAACUACGGAUGGAUCAAUUGAAUUUGCACGUGUCAUAUGUUUUGUCACGUCGUUUAUGAUUAACAGCCCUAUGUCUCUCAUUAGCUGUGGGUUUUUUUUAAAGCAUAAUAAACCAUUUAAUUGUAUGUGCAAAUUAUUAUCAAAAUAUAAAGUAAAGAGAUA